AUGGAAACACUAGCCACGGAUUCCACGGACCAUGAGACCUCUGCCCAAGAGAGCGGAUGGGAUGAGACGUCUGAACAUCCGGGGGAUGCAAACAGUGAUUCAGGGGAGAGUCUGUUCAUCACUCAGGCGCCUGUGCCAGAGGCAGUGCGAUCCGAGAGACGCAGGCGAUCCACCUUCACAUCAACCCAAAAGGAUGAUGACACUUCAGACUCUUCUUCGGAUGAAAACUCCAAGACGGAUAAAAAAAAGAUAAGGAAAAAAGGCAAAGUGCCAAUGUUCAGCUUCCCUUUCCUCGCUGAGAGGGCAAACGAGCAGUCAAUAACCGAGUUACCUCGCCGGCAGAACAACAGGCUACACAAAUCAUUGAUGAGAGGCUACUUUGAAUGUGUUCGCACGAUGUGGAACGGCUAUGAGAGAGGAGAUCUGCUUACCUCUUUACCUACAAUUGACAUGAAUGAUGUCCACAUUCCCCCAAUAUCAGAAGUUGAAGAAGAGGAGCCAGAGGACGAGGAAUUCAAAGUGGUGGUAAGCAACCUGUUGAGUCCAGAGAAAGAAAGAAAAAAAAUGGUGGAGCACCAUAAGACUAGCCUGCAGUUCUCAGUGGCGGAGGACGAUGUUCCAUGUGGCCAGGAUGACUGUGAGAAGAAGACUAACCUGGGUGAGGAUGACCAAGACAACUGCCCUAUAAAGGAGGAACAGGACAUAGAAGUGUGGGACGCUCAGACGAGUGAAAAAGAGAUAAAGGCUGAAAACAAAGACUCCGUAUUCAGUAUAACCUAUGUGCAGAGAAUUGAUGAAGAUGAAAGACAUUUACCACUUCAAAGUCAUAUAGUUGAGAAGAAAGAGGGCCAUGCUUUUUCUGGAAGUUCAUCUUCCGCCGCCACAGAAGAUUUUGGUAUAUUAAAGUCAGCCAGAAACAGCCAGAUCAGCGAAUUAAUCUAUGUUAAGCGGACAGAAGUUAGAGGACCUGAUUCAGGUAUUCACAGUAGCACAAUGAAGACAGAUGGAGAGGAUCAAAGGCGUCCAUACACCUGCAACCUGUGUGACAAGAAUUUUAGGAUUAAAUCCAUUCUGACCCGCCACAUGAAGACACACACGAAAGAAAAACCUCACAGGUGCAGUAUUUGUGGUGAAGGCUUUGUAAAGCUCUCUUAUCUGCAGAAACACAUGAGCUCUCACCCUGGGCAGAGACCGUACAACAUGUGGGAAAAGAUUCAUCAGGCGUUCUCAUCUAAUCAAUCACAUGAAGACCCACACCGGAGAGAAGAUGUAUCCCCAUACGCAUGGUUCUCAGUGGCGGAGGACGAUGUUCCAUGUGGCCAGGAUGACUGUGAGAAGAAGACUAACCUGGGUGAGGAUGACCAAGACAACUGCCCUAUAAAGGAGGAACAGGACAUAGAAGUGUGGGACGCUCAGACGAGUGAAAAAGAGAUAAAGGCUGAAAACAAAGACUCCGUAUUCAGUAUAACCUAUGUGCAGAGAAUUGAUGAAGAUGAAAGACAUUUAGCAAUUCAAAGUCAUAUAGUUGAGAAGAAAGAGGGCCAUGCUUUGUCUGGAAGUUCAUCUCCCGCCGCCACAGAAGAUUUUGGUAUAUUAAAGUCAGCCAGAAACAGCCAGAUCAGCGAAUUAAUCUAUGUUAAGCGGACAGAAGUUGGAAGACCUGAUUCAGGUAUUCACAGUAACACAAUGAAGACAGAUGGAGAGGAUCAAAGGCGUCCAUACACCUGCAACCUGUGUGACAAGAAUUUUAGGAUUAAAUCCAUUCUGACCCGCCACAUGAAGACACACACGAAAGAAAAACCUCACAGGUGCAGUAUUUGUGGUGAAGGCUUUGUAAAGCUCUCUUAUCUGCAGAAACACAUGAGCUCUCACCCUGGGCAGAGACCGUACAAAUUCAUCAGGCGUUCUCAUCUAAUCAAUCACAUGAAGACCCACACCGGAGAGAAGAUGUAUCCCCAUACGCAUGGGUCAGAACACAUGACAGAUUAA